CGCGGGGGCGGGGCCGAGGCGGUGAGUGCCGAGCGCCGCCCGCCGCCGCGCCAGACGUGCCCCGCGAGUCCGCAGAGCCGCGGUGCUGCUCCCGCGCUGCCGCAGACAUGCUCCGUUUACCUACAGUACUCCGUCAGAUAAGACCAGUGUCCAGAGCACUCGCCCCCCAUCUAACACGAGCCUAUGCAAAAGAUGUGAAGUUCGGAGCAGACGCGAGAGCUCUGAUGCUGCAAGGAGUAGAUCUUUUAGCAGAUGCUGUAGCUGUCACCAUGGGGCCAAAGGGAAGAACAGUUAUUAUUGAACAAAGCUGGGGAAGUCCCAAAGUGACAAAAGAUGGUGUGACAGUAGCAAAGGCAAUUGACUUGAAAGACAAAUACAAAAACAUUGGAGCCAAGUUAGUUCAAGAUGUUGCCAAUAAUACCAAUGAAGAAGCAGGAGAUGGUACCACCACUGCAACAGUCCUUGCACGAGCUAUUGCCAAGGAAGGCUUUGAGAAGAUCAGCAAAGGAGCUAAUCCAGUAGAAAUCAGGAGGGGGGUGAUGCUGGCAGUGGAUGCCAUCAUAGCUGAACUGAAGAAGCUGUCAAAACCUGUUACAACUCCAGAAGAAAUUGCACAGGUUGCCACAAUAUCAGCAAAUGGAGAUCAGGAAAUUGGCAAUAUAAUCUCUGAUGCAAUGAAGAAAGUUGGACGAAAAGGCGUGAUCACUGUCAAGGAUGGAAAAACUCUAAACGAUGAAUUGGAAAUCAUUGAGGGUAUGAAAUUCGACAGAGGCUACAUCUCUCCGUAUUUUAUUAAUACAACUAAAGGGCAGAAAUGUGAAUUCCAGGACGCUUAUGUUUUAAUCAGUGAAAAGAAAAUUUCUAGUGUACAGUCCAUAGUUCCAGCUCUUGAAAUUGCCAAUGCCAACCGCAAACCUUUGGUCAUCAUUGCUGAAGAUGUUGAUGGAGAAGCCCUCAGCACUCUAGUCUUGAACAGACUAAAGGUUGGCCUUCAGGUUGUUGCUGUAAAAGCCCCAGGUUUUGGUGACAACAGGAAAAACCAACUUAAGGACAUGGCAAUUGCUACUGGUGGUGCUGUGUUUGGAGAAGAGGGUUUGAACCUAAAUGUGGAAGAUAUUCAGCCUCAUGACUUUGGUAAAGUUGGAGAGGUCAUUGUGACAAAAGAUGACACCAUGCUCCUUAAGGGGAAGGGUGAAAAGGCUCAGAUUGAAAAACGCAUUCAAGAAAUAAUCGAACAGCUAGAGGUUACCACCAGUGAAUAUGAAAAAGAGAAACUGAAUGAGCGGUUGGCCAAACUCUCUGAUGGAGUAGCAGUAUUGAAGGUGGGUGGCACGAGCGACGUUGAAGUGAACGAGAAGAAGGACCGGGUCACCGACGCCCUGAACGCCACCCGUGCGGCCGUGGAGGAAGGCAUCGUCCCAGGUGGUGGCUGUGCACUGCUGCGCUGCAUCCCGGCCUUGGAUGCCUUAACUCCAGCCAACGAGGAUCAGAAAAUUGGCAUUGAAAUAAUCAAGAGAACACUGAGAAUCCCAGCAAUGACUAUUGCAAAGAAUGCCGGUGUCGAAGGAUCAUUGAUAGUUGAAAAAAUCCUGCAGAGCCCAUCAGAAGUUGGCUACGAUGCAAUGCUUGGGGACUUCGUAAAUAUGGUAGAAAAAGGAAUCAUAGACCCAACGAAGGUUGUGAGAACUGCUCUGAUGGACGCCGCAGGUGUUGCAUCUCUCCUGUCAACAGCAGAAGCAGUGGUGACUGAAGUUCCUAAAGAAGAAAAGGAGCCGGCAAUGGGAGGAAUGGGUGGGAUGGGCGGAGGAAUGGGAGGUGGCAUGUUCUAAUUCCUGGGAUAGGGAUGCAUCAUGAGCUGUGCUGUUGAAGACUGAACAGUUCUGACUUCAAAAACUUGAGCUAUCAGUGUGAGAGGAUGGAUAGUGACUGAAGUGAGGCUGGUGUUGAAAAGAAUCACUGUAACCAUCAGUUACCGGAUUUCAUUUAACACACGUGUAACUGUUUACAGUCAUUGUCCAUGCCUACAGAUAAUUUAUUUUGUAUUUUUUGAAUAAAGACAUUUGUACAUUCCUGAUAACUGGGUUAUCAAGAUCCAUCUACCAAGGUCCUGAUUUGAACUUAAAUUAAGGCACUUGAUAUUCUAUUUCAGAAUUUCUUGGUGCUUGCCAGUACUAGGAAGAACUUGGAAGCCACUGUGCGUGAGACUAGACAAUUGUGUACAAAGUAGGCAAAUAGAGUUAUGUGACCUUUAUGUAAUAAACUGCUCAAAAGUUACAAAAUGUAUCACCUUCUUCAUCUGCACACAAAGCCAUAGUUAUGGGAGAGCCUGGACAGCCUGCUGCUGCUUCUAAGAUUUAGUAGAAAUUGACACUUACGCUUGAAAAAAUGACAGGGCAUUUCACUCCGAGAAACAUUCCUUUGUCUAGAAUGUUUCUCAGAAAUGUAAGUGCUUUAAUUUUGGUAAGAAAUCUCUAAGCUGAACUGCACUACAGUUCUUUGAAAUAUUAAACAAUGCUCUGAAAACAA